UCCAUUCUUUUAGAAGAAAGAAAACCGCGAAGCUAUGUAUCCGUUAAACCAUUCGAACCGAAAAAUCUUGGUCGCAUCGUCUUCUCGCGAAGCCCUAAGGACGUGUGCUAGGGUUUCUCGAUUCUCCGCCCAGGUAUGAUCGCGAUGAUCCCUCCAUCGCUCGCUGGAUUCCACCGCUGGUGCGAUUGGCGGAUCGCGCGCUAGAGCGGCCGCGAUUGUCUCGCAAGGCAGAGAAUGCGGGUGGGGGAUUAGCUCUCCUUGGAUUGAGGCAGUGCCAGAGAAGGAUGCCAGGGUGAAGAUUAUGGCCAAUGGUCGGGGGCUGAUUGAUAUCCAGGAUCUGUGCUCCAGUGCAGCUUCUCGCGCUCAGGGAUUUGCUGCCAGUUCCUUCAAAUGCAUCGUGGCUCAUGUCAAGCGCCCGCGAUGCCUGGCGUCUUUCCUGGCCUGGAACCUGGGAUUGACGGCGCUGGAGAUCGCGCUCGGGGCAGCAACGUUUGAGAUGUCGGCACCACCGCUCCAGAAGCAAAUCGUCAAGGUGAUCGUCUUCCCACUCUAUCUCCCUCAUGCGGUGGGCUUCGCAGUGGCUUGCAAGAAAGGAUGCUUCGUUCUCCUGGGAAACUUUGCUGGGCUCUUCGGCGUCAGGCUCUACUUCACGGACAGGGGCGCGGAAGGCCUGAAUUUCUUGAAGUCGGUGGUUCUUUUGGGGGCUGCUACUCUCAGGACGCUCGAGGUCCACUUUUGCAGCUGGAUGGUGCGUAGAUUUUUGUGCUCCGAGACCAGGCUGAUACCGACGAUCGAAUCACUUGGGGAUGCUCUGUGGUACUUCCUCGUCACCUGCUUUCUCUCGGCACCUUUCGAGGCAACCAUAGCUUUGAUCGAGUGUGUCGGGCGCAUGGUGCCGUGGAAGGAGUUUACAAUCUGCUGGGCAACAUGGUGGCUGGGUGUGGUAGCUGCCUCCAUCACGGUGUCACCUUUCGUUCUCCACAGCUUCGUGUGGCAGCCCAAGCCGGGGAUGUUUAGGCCGGGGAAGAUUGUGGAGAUUUUUUUGGUCGGGUUCAUCACCGUGCUGCUGCUGAUAACAGUCUACACGCUCGUCAUUCCUACGUACGUGAAGCCGCUGCCUUAUCUUCUCUUUCCAGUCAUCGUCUACAGUGCUUUCCGCUUCAACCGGAUGGGAUGGGCCUUCAUCUUGUGCGGGAUCUCCCUGUUUUGCACUUGGUCGACCGUGAAAAAGAAGGGUGCUCUCUACAAUAUCUCUGGAGGUGGCCCAACCGUGGAACCGCGGAUUGUCAUGCAGGUAGAGCUUUUUGUAUCUGUUAGCUCAGCUGUAGCUGUGUCACUUGCGGCUGCUGUCAGGGAGAAGCAUCAAUUAGCUAAAAAGCUUGAGAAGCUCAAUGAGGAGCUUGAAAGUUUAGUGCUCCAGAGAACGCAUCAGCUCGUCAAGGCAAAUGAAGAGUUACAGACGUCGAAGCAAGCAGCAGAACUGGCGAGCCAAGCCAAGUCCGAUUUCCUUGCCAACAUGAGUCAUGAGAUCAGAACUCCUAUUCACGGAAUACUUGGAAUGUCAGCGUUGGUGCUUGGAACUUCUCUCACAGAUGAGCAGAAGGAGAACAUGACCACCGUCAGCGAGUGUGCCGAGUUGCUCCUGCAUAUCAUCAACAGCAUUUUGGACCUGGGGAAAAUCGAGGCUGGCCGUUUUGAAGUGGAGUUGAUAUCUUUUAAUCUUCAUCACGUCCUGAAGAGCACUGUGCACAUUCUACAGCCGCGUGCGCAGGCACACAACCUUCGGCUGAGCUAUGAAAUCGACAGCGCUGUGCCCGAGUUUCUGGUCGGGGACUCGGGAAAGUUGAGGCAGUGCCUGUUGAACUUAGUUGGAAAUGCUCUGAAAUUCACACCCGAUGGCGAGGUCCGAGUUGAGGUUUCGGUUCACAGGUUCGGAAUGCAAGACGAUUCGGUUCUCAUUCUUUACAAGAUAUCGGAUAGUGGGAUUGGCAUCAGCAAAAACAAGCUCAAGGAUGUCUUCAAGCCCUUCACUCAAGCGGAUGCUUCGAUUUCUCGCUUAUAUGGUGGAACAGGACUCGGUCUCUGCGUGGUACAGAGAUUUGUAGAGCUGAUGGGAGGUCACAUACUGGUGGAAAGCGAAUAUGGAAAAGGCAGUAGUUUUUACAUCGUUUUGCCUUACCUCUUGAACAAGGAGGGCGCUGCCCAGGAAGAGCCGAGACUACGCAGGGAAAACCUCGUCAAGGACCCGAGCAUUGUACAAGAGGCAGAAAUAUCGGUUGACGUAACCAAGCGCAUACUCUUGGUGGAGGACAACCUUGUGAAUCAGAAGGUUGCGUCUAGACUCCUCCAAAAGCAUGGCCACAUUGUGACCGUUGUGGGGGAUGGAGUCCAAGCGAUAGCGGCCGUGGACGCAAACCGGGACAACAUUGAUUUGAUCCUCAUGGACAUCCAGAUGCCGAUCAUGGAUGGAUUGGAAGCAACUCGUAGAAUACGGGAACAGGAAGCCAGGGAUGGUCUGAGAAAAAUGCCCAUAAUCGGGUUAACAGCGCAUGCCAUGCGUGGAUACGAGGAUACAUGUUUUUCAGCGGGAAUGGACAGUUACAUGGGGAAGCCUUUUGAGAUUCGCAAGCUUUUAGCUGCCAUCGAGAUGGUUGCCACUGGCAAGCAAGAAAUCCACAUCGACGUUCCGGAAGAAUAAGUUUCGAGGAAGCCAACUUAUCAUUUAUCAUCUCAAGGAUCCAGACAGAGGGAGCUAGCCUUUAAACUGAUCCUUGGCGGCUCUCAACGACGCCAGCAGCUCAACCGGAUCGCUCUCUCCCAUAUGGACUUGGAACUCCUUCACGUUAACACGCAUGAAGGGAUUGGUCUGGAGCUCCUCUCGGAUGGUUGACGGGACCGUAGGCUUGUGAUUCCGACGCUGCUCUUCCGUCCAGGCAACCUUCUGCUUAAGAGCAUCAUUGUGGGGAUCGACAGACAUGGCGAACUUCAAGUUCUUGGCGGUAUACUGCAAGGGUGGAUUCGAAACGCUGAGAGACGGAAAGUAUACAAGAAGUGGAAGACAGACCUCGUGUCCGCAGAAGACUCGAGUAGCCGGAGGCAACUCGGCUAGAACUUCGGACAGAGAGUGGUACAUAUCCUGAGCUUUGCCUUCGAAGAACUUGCCACAGCCGGCGACGAACUGCGCAGCGCAAAUUCUAAGACUACCAAGAAAGAAAAGACAGGAAGUACCAGAGUGUCGCCAGUAAAGACGGCAGGAUCUCCAGACUUGUGGGUGACAAAGUAGCUGAUAUGGCCCUUGGUAUGGCUACGAAUGCCAAGAGCAGCUCUCUCAGCAUCACAGACGAGAAGAAAAGAGAGGACAUUUUACCAUGGAGUGUGGAGGGCCUUGAUCUUCACAUCCUUGGACAGCUCAAGCUCCGCUCCGUGCUCCAGAGGAUCCGUGCAGCCUUCCACAUUAUCCUUGGCACCACCGAAGACUUUGAUCCCUGGGACGAGCUUCUUGAUCUCGUUGUUACCUCCAGCGUGGUCCCUGGUAGAAAAGCUUUCUUGCGGAGGAAAGAAUGGAAAGCUAGCUCUACCAGUGCUUGUGGGUGGUGAGAACCAUGGUCACUUGGGCUCCAUGCUUCUUGGCUGCCGAUAAAACGCUCUCGGGUUUCACGGGAUCAACCGCCGCUGCCUGCUUGCUCGCUCCAUCGAUUAUCCUGAUCAAUCAAUCCAGGGAACUUUCGUCAAAGCACUCACUCUCGAGAGCUUACAGAUAGGCGUAAUUGUCGUCCAAACAAGGCACCGGUAUCACCUCCAUUCUUCCUUCGUUUGUUCCCAAAGAGGGUUUUUCUCCUUCUCUUGAACGAGUCACGCUAAUACAAAUGGCACUGCCAGAACAUUUCAUC